AUGAGGGGCAAUCGCAUGAUUAUACCUGCUGAUUUGCGGAACGUGAUGCUGAACAAGCUACACAAAGGUCACAUGGGAAUUACGAAGACGAGACGUCGUGUUCAAAGCACCAUGUGGUGGCCAAACAUAUCUAGCGACUUAGAAAGGAAAAUUAAGGGCUGUCCCACAUGUAUUCAGCAUGCGUCGAAUCGGCAUGAGCCACUUCUUCCCUCAACGUUGCCUGAUUAUCCGUGGCAGAUCGUUUCAAUGGACUUGUUCAAACUUGAAGGUCAUUUAGUUGUGCUGGACCAUUUCUCGAGAUUUUUCGAAUUGGCUCGUCUCGAGAGAAUGAGGACUAUUGACAUCAUUAAAGUUUGCAAGAAAUUGUUUUCACGUCAUGGAAUUCCGACCAGGAUUUGUACCGACAGUGGCUCACAGUUCCAGCCUCUCCAGUCAUCCGAAUUUCAACGUUUUGCACGCAAUUGGGGGGGGGGAGUUUUUACGUCAACUAGCAGCCCGCACUUUCAUCAGGCAAACGGCGCAGCAGAAGCUGCAGUGAAGACAGCAAAAUCGCUGCUGAAGAAGAACAAAGACGACUUCGAGAAAGCUCUUUUAGCUCUUUUACAGGAACACUGCCUGUUGUGCAACUUCGUACGUUAG